AUUCAAGAAUGGCUUUGUUUAAAUUGCCAGACGAACAGAGCAAUAUCAGGACAACUUGGAGAUAUGGGCAAAAUGCCACCUGUAUCGUCAGGAUCCAAGGCAUCCCCUGUGCCUGCCCCUGCAGACCCAUCAUCUCAGAAAACAGGGAGUCAUAUGAAAGGUAAAAAGAAAGAAACAGAAGUAAAAACUGAAGCUAAAAAACUUAUUCCAGAAAAAGAAACAGUAUCAAUAGAGAAAACACCCCCAACGGUCACCACAGAUGAAAAGCUAGAAGAGACUAAAUUAGAGAAAAGCAAAGUUUCAGCUCUGCAAGAAAAGAAAUCAUCCUCUGAAGAGGAAAAGCCACGUUCUGAAGAGAAAAUGGGAAAGGAGCCCUCUGCCGAAGAAAAGUUGGCUUCUGCUGAAGAAAAUCCACCACUCGAGGGAAAGAAGCCAACCCCUGAAGACAAGAAAUUACCCCCAGAAGUAAAGCCAUUGGCCUUGGAGGGGGAAGAGAAACACGAAAUUCUUCAAGCUCAAGUACAAAUUCCUGAAGAAAAACCCACGGGAUCAGUGGUCACAAAGGCGUUGCAGGAAGAGGGGCAGCCAGAAGCCAGGACUGGAGAUCAGCCAGGCCACACACCUCAGCCUUUGCCCAAGCAAGGAGAGAAGGAGAGCCAAGCAAAACAGCCCCAGGUAGAAGGCAGUGCAAAGUCUGACCAAGUGGAUCCCAACAAAGAAAAAACAGAAAAGGAAGAGGACAAAUCAGAUACCCCCAGUUCUCAGCAGCCCAAGAGCCCACAAGGUCUCAGUGACACAGGAUAUUCUUCUGAUGGAAUAUCAGGCUCUCUUGGUGAAAUCCCAAGUCUUAUACCAAGUGAUGAAAAGGAUUUGCUCAAAGGACUCAAAAAGGACUCUUUCUCACAAGAAAGCAGCCCUUCCAGCCCUUCGGACUUAGCAAAAUUAGAAAGCACAGUACUGUCCAUUCUGGAAGCUCAGGCAAGUACACUUAGUGAAAAAUCGGAAAUGAAAGCACAGCCCCAGAAGGUUUCUCCCGAGCAGCCUCGGGAUGCGCAAAAAUCUCAGAUUCCAUCUGACACACAGGAUAUUACUAUUUCAGAAGAAGAGGACAAAGAGAGCCAAGAAAAGAAGGAAAGUUCCAAAAGGGAUAGCCAACAAGGCUUUCCUUCUAGGAAGGACCAUAAAGAAAAGCCUGAGCUAGCUGAUGAUCUAAGUCCAAGAAGAGCAUCCUAUGAUUCAGUGGAAGACAGCAGUGAAAGUGAAAAUUCCCCGGUUGCACAUAGGAAGCGGAGAACUAGUGUUGGCUCAUCAAGCAGUGAUGAGUAUAAACAGGAAGACAGUCAAGGUUCCGGGGAAGAGGAGGAUUUCAUUCGAAAACAGAUUAUAGAAAUGAGUGCUGAUGAGGAUGCUUCUGGCUCUGAAGAUGAUGAGUUCAUUAGGAGUCAACUUAAAGAGAUUGGUGGUGUGACUGAGAGCCACAAGAGGGAAGAAACAAAGGGGAAAGGGAAAAGCGCAGCAGGGAAGCACAGACGGCUGACUCGCAAGAGUAGUACUAGCUUCGAUGAUGAUGCAGGGAGACGUCAUUCCUGGCAUGACGAGGAUGACGAAACAUAUGAUGAAAGUCCUGAACUCAAAUUCCGAGAAACUAAAAGCCAAGAGAGCGAAGAACUUGUAGUUGCUGGAGGAGGGGGGUUACGUCGAUUUAAGACGAUCGAACUCAACAGUGCGAUAGCCGAUAAAUACUCGGCAGAAUCCUCUCAGAAAAAAACAGCUUUGUAUUUUGAUGAAGAGCCUGAAUUAGAAAUGGAAAGCCUGACAGACUCACCGGAAGACAGAUCCAGGGGAGAGGGAUCCUCUAGUCUCCACGCAUCCAGCUUCACUCCUGGUACGUCCCCUACAUCAGUGUCUUCACUUGACGAGGACAGUGACAGUAGCCCAAGUCACAAAAAACAAGAGAGCAAGCAGCAGCGCAAAGCGCGGCACAGGACGCAUGGCCCUCUUUUACCCACCAUUGAAGACUCAUCGGAGGAAGAAGAAUUGAGAGAGGAAGAAGAAUUGCUAAAAGAGCAAGAGAAGCAGCGGGAAUUAGAGCAGCAGCAAAGGAAGAGUUCUAGUAAGAAAUCGAAGAAAGACAAAGAUGAACUUCGUGCUCAGAGGAGGAGAGAAAGACCAAAGACGCCACCCAGUAAUCUCUCUCCCAUUGAGGACGCAUCUCCCACAGAAGAACUGCGCCAGGCAGCAGAAAUGGAGGAGCUCCAUAGAUCCUCUUGUUCCGAAUACUCACCUAGCAUAGAAUCAGACCCAGAAGGGUUUGAAAUCAGCCCUGAGAAAAUAAUAGAAGUCCAAAAAGUUUAUAAACUGCCCACAGCUGUGUCUUUGUACUCACCAACCGAUGAGCAAUCUGUUAUGCAGAAAGAAGGGGUUCAGAAAGCUCUCAAAAGUGCUGAGGAGAUGUAUGAAGAAAUGAUGCAGAAAACCCACAAAUAUAAAGCUUUUCCAUCUGCAAAUGAACGAGAUGACGUGUUUGAAAAAGAGCCACUAUAUGGCGGCAUGUUAAUAGAGGACUACAUUUAUGAAUCUUUAGUAGAGGAUACAUAUAAUGGAUCAGUAGAUGGCAGUCUGCUCACAAGGCAAGAAGAACAAAAUGGAUUUAUGCAGCAGAGAGGAAGAGAACAAAAAAUAAGAAUCCCAGAACAGAUUUAUGACGAUCCUAUGCAGAAAAUUACAGACCUCCAGAAAGAGUUUUAUGAGUUAGAAAGCUUACAUUCUGUUGUGCCCCAAGAAGACAUAGUUUCCAGCUCUUAUAUCAUUCCGGAAAGCCACGAGAUAGUGGAUCUGGGAACCAUGGUAACUUCUACCAGUGAAGAAAAGAAACUGUUAGAUGCUGACACUGCCUAUGAAGAACUCAUGAGGCGACAACAGAUGCAGGUAACAGAUGGAUCCAGUCCCACACAGACCACUGUCGGGGAUGACAUGGCAGAGUCUGCGAUGGAUUUUGACAGGGUGCAGGAUACAUCUUUGACAUCAAGUAUCCUUUCUGGAGCAUCUCUUACUGACUCAACCAGCAGUGCAACUCUCUCUAUCCCAGAUGUUAAGAUAACCCAACAUUUUUCAGCAGAAGACCUCGAGGAUGAAUAUGUAACUGAUUAUACAAGAGAAAUUCAAGAGAUGAUAGCCCACGAAUCACUGAUAUUGACCUACUCUGAGCCUUCAGAAAGUGCUGCAUCUGUCCCACCUUCUGACACACCUUCUCUCACAUCAUCUAUUUCUUCAGUCUGCACCACAGAUAGCUCCUCACCUGUCACUACCCUGGAUAGCCUAACCACUGCUUACACAGAGCCAGCAGAUGUAAUAACUAAAUUUGAAGACUCCGAGGAAAUUUCUUCAUCAACUUAUUUUCCAGGCAGCAUCAUAGACUAUCCAGAAGAUAUAAGUGUAUCUUUAGAUCGGACCACCACACCAGAAAGUAGAACUAAUGUUGAUCAUAUUGUGAUUUCCUUCUCUAGUAUAGCACCUUCUGUCACAGAAUCUGUAGGUGCUAAAGCUGACAGGUCACAAGCUGUCCCCAUGUCAACUGACUCACCUAUAUGUGACAAAGAUCCACUAAAAGGCAAGAAGGAAACUGGGGAUGGAAUUAUUUUAGAAGUUUUGGAUGCUUACACAGAUAAAAGGGAAGAGUCUGAGGCUGAACUAACAAAAAUUAGCUUGCCUGAAACUGGGUUGGUCCAAACACCUUCUUCUUUUAUAGCCCCUCAGAUGAAGGAACAACCUGUAACUCCAUAUUCUGUAUCUGGAAAGAUGUCUGGUCAGGAAAAGCCCACAUAUAGGUUACCAUCGGCCAGUGUUCCUGUUUCCACCCAUCCAUCUAAAUCCCGUCCAUUUUUCAGAAGUUCUUCUUUGGAUAUAUCAGCCCAGCCACCCCCUCCUCCUCCACCACGUCCUCCUCCCCCAUCCCCAUUCCCUCCGCCCCCUCCACCACCUUUGCCCCCAGCAACUUCACCUAAGCCAACCAUUUACCCUAAAAAAAAGUUGGCAGUUGCAGCUCCAGUGACUCCAACGACUGUUGUUACAACCCAUAUUGACACUAUUACUACAGUAGAGGCCACAACUGCUCGGAAGAGUAAUGGGUUACCUGCCACCAAAAUAUGUGCCACCACACCUCCUCCUGUCCCUCCUAAGCCUUCUUCAAUUCCAACUGGACUUGUAUUUACGCAUAGGCCAGAACCAAGCAAACCUCCAAUUGCCCCCAAGCCAGCAGUUCCUCAGAUUCCAGUGACUACACAGAAAACAACAGAUACAUGCCCCAAACCAACAGCUCUGUCUUUAACUUCAAAUAUGUCCUUGAAUUUAGUGACUUCAGCAGAUUACAAACUGCCUUCCCCUACCUCUCCACUUUCCCCACACUCUAAUAAAUCCUCACCAAGAUAUUCUAAGUCUCUAAUGGAGACUUAUGUGGUUAUUACAUUACCCUCUGAACCUGGGACUCCAACAGAUUCUUCUGCUGCUCAAGCCAUUACCAGUUGGCCCUUGGGAUCACCCCCGAAGGAUCUGGUUUCCCUUGAAACAGUGUUUUCUGUAGUUCCUGCUAUGACAGCUACAGAAAUUCCAAGUUCUUCACAGCCAACCCUGUAUGCACCAGGAACUUUGGAGACAUUUUCUGCUGCACCUGUUGUAACAGCAUCUCUAUUUCAAGGAGCUCCAACUUCACCUACAAAGCUUCUUACAACAGAAGCUUCAAAAACUAUGGUAUCCACAACCAGAAGUGCAGUCCCAAGCAUCGCUCCCAGAAGUGUUUCUAUACCAAUCCCUCCAGAGCCUCUUGCUCUGGACAGGCAUCAGUACAAGGAAAAUGGAAAUUUGCAGCUUAUUGGUGAUGCCAUUGAUUUGCGUACAAUACCAAAAACAGAAGCUAAAGCAACGGAAAAAUGUAUGGAUCUUUCUGCUUCUGCAAUGGAUGUGAAAAGACAGACCACAGCAAAUGAAGUUUAUGGUCGACAAAUUAGUGCUGUCCAACCUUCUAUCAUGAAUCUCAGUGCAGCUUCCUCUUUAGUAGCUCCAGUCACCCUAGACUCUGAGACUGUGGCUGUUGUCACAGGCACAGCAGGCACAGGAAGCCAAGUGAGUGUUGAGCAUGCAAUGGUAUCACCCCUCCAGCUCACUACAUCAAAACAUACCGAGUCACCAUACAGGAUAUCAAGUGGGCAGCCAUUUCCGAUGAUUAGAGAUGAAGCACCGAUAAACUUAUCGCUGGGUCCUUCAGCUCAGCCAGUGACACUGGCUGUUACGAAGCCUGUCACUGUACCUCCAGUCGGUGUCACCAAUGGAUGGACUGACAGCACCGCAUCUCAGGGGAUCCCUGACGGAGAGGUGGUAGAUCUCAGCACAUCAAAGUCUCAUCGCACAGUUGUAACAAUGGAUGAAUCCACUUCAAAUGUAGUGACCAAAAUAAUAGAAGACGAUGAAAAACCUGUUGAUUUGACUGCAGGAAGAAGAGCUGUGUGCUGUGACAUGGUUUAUAAGUUGCCUUUUGGAAGGAGCUGUACAGCACAGCAGCCUGCAACUACCCUUCCUGAAGACCGUUUUGGAUAUAGGGAUGACCACUAUCAAUAUGAUAGAUCAGGGCCCUAUGGUUACAGAGGGAUUGGUGGAAUGAAACCUUCCAUGUCUGAUACAAAUUUAGCAGAAGCUGGACAUUUUUUCUAUAAAAGUAAGAAUGCUUUUGAUUACUCAGGAGGAGCUGAUGCAGCAGUAGAUCUAACUUCAGGGAGAGUGACUACAGGUGAGGUAAUGGAUUAUUCAAGCAAGACUACAGGUCCAUACCCAGAAACACGCCAAGUCAUUUCAGGAGUUGGGAUUAGUACCCCACAGUAUUCCACAGCAAGAAUGACUCCACCUCCAGGACCUCAGUAUGGUGUGGGAAGUGUUUUGAGGUCAUCCAAUGGUGUUGUCUAUUCUUCAGUAGCAACUCCAAUCCCCUCCACCUUUGCUAUCACCACUCAACCUGGCUCCAUUUUCAGUACCACGGUCAGGGAUUUAUCUGGUAUUCAUACAACAGAUGCACUGACUUCAUUAUCAGCCCUGCAUCAAAGCCAGCCAAUGCCUCGAUCGUAUUUCAUAACAACGGGUGCAUCAGAAACAGACAUCUCAGUAACCAGUAUGGACAUCAAUGCCAGUCUGCAAACUAUGACUCUGGAAACUCUUCCUGCUGAGACAAUGGACUCUGUCCCUGCUUUAACCACAGCGUCUGAAGUAUUUUCUGAGGUGGUAGGAGAGGAAAACACUCUUUUAGUUGUGUCUGAGGAAGAUAAACAGCAACAGCAACUUGACUUGGAGCGAGAGCUCCUGGAACUGGAGAAAAUUAAGCAACAACGCUUUGCUGAGGAACUGGAGUGGGAACGUCAGGAGAUUCAGAGGUUCCGGGAACAAGAAAAGAUCAUGGUUCAAAAGAAACUGGAAGAACUGCAGUCUAUGAAACAGCACCUCCUUUAUCAGCAAGAAGAAGAACGGCAAGCCCAGUUCAUGAUGAGGCAGGAGACACUAGCUCAGCAGCAGUUACAGCUUGAACAAAUCCAACAGCUGCAACAGCAGCUGCACCAGCAGCUCGAGGAGCAAAAACUUCGCCAGAUCUACCAAUAUAACUAUGACCCCUCUGGAACUGCUUCUCCACAAACUACCACUGAACAGGCAAUUUUGGAGGGUCCAUAUGCUGCUCAAGAGGGCAGUCAGUUUUGGGCCACUGAAGAUGCCACCACUACAGCUUCUACCGUGGUGGCCAUUGAAAUACCACAGACCCAAGGAUGGUACACUGUUCAGUCUGAUGGGGUGACUCAGUACAUUGCCCCACCUGGCAUCCUGAGCACUGUUUCAGAGAUACCUCUGACAGAUGUUGUUGUAAAAGAGGAGAAACAACCCAAAAAGAGAAGCUCUGGAGCUAAAGUUAGGGGGCAGUAUGAAGAGAUGGGGGAAAGUAUGGCAGACGAUCCACGGAAUUUGAAAAAGAUAGUGGACAGUGGUGUGCAAACUGAUGAUGAAGAAACUGCUGAUCGGAGCUAUGCAAGCAGGAGGAGGAAAAGUAAAAAGAGUGUCGAUACCAGUGUCCAAACCGAUGAUGAAGAUCAGGAUGAGUGGGACGUGCCUUCUAGGUCAAGAAGAAAAGCACGCCCGGGAAAAUAUGGAGACAGUGCCACAGAGGGUGACAAACCCCUUUCCAAAGUCUCCAGUGUAGCCGUUCAGACAGUCGCAGAAAUAUCUGUGCAGACUGAGCCACUGGGAACCAUAGGAACACCUUCCAUACGAGCACGGGUGGAUGCCAAGGUAGAAAUAAUUAAACACAUUUCAGCACCUGAAAAGACUUACAAAGGGGGCAGUUUAGGAUGUCAAACAGAAACAGAUUCAGACACACAGAGUCCUCCAUACCUGGGUGCCACCUCUCCACCCAAAGACAAGAAACGCCCAACACCACUAGAGAUUGGCUAUUCGUCAUCUCACCUCCGUGCAGACACCACAGUCCAGCUGGCUCCUUCCCCACCCAAAUCUCCAAAAGUCCUUUACUCACCCAUCUCUCCACUCUCACCAGGCAAAGCGUUAGAGUCAGCCUUUGUACCUUACGAAAAACCCCUCCCUGAUGACAUAAGUCCACAGAAAGUACUACAUCCAGAUAUGGCUAAAGUGCCCCCAGGAAGUCCUAAGACAGCCAAGAUGAUGCAGCGUUCUAUGUCUGACCCCAAGCCGCUGAGUCCUACAGCAGACGAAAGUUCCAGGGCUCCUUUUCAGUAUUCCGAGGGCUUCACGACUAAAGGUUCUCAAACCAUGACAGCCUCUGGUACCCAGAAAAAAGUAAAGAGAACUCUGCCAAAUCCCCCUCCCGAGGAAGCGUCGACGGGAACACAGUCAACUUACAGCACACUGGGCACUGCAUCCAGGAGAAGAAUGUGCAGAACCAAUACCAUGGCUCGAGCCAAGAUUCUCCAGGACAUAGACCGAGAGCUUGACCUCGUGGAAAGGGAGUCUGCCAAGCUUAGGAAGAAGCAAGCAGAACUUGAUGAAGAAGAAAAGGAGAUUGAUGCCAAGCUGCGGUAUCUGGAAAUGGGAAUUAACAGGAGAAAGGAAGCCUUACUGAAGGAGAGAGAAAAGAGGGAGCGUGCUUACCUGCAGGGGGUGGCUGAGGACCGUGAUUACAUGUCUGACAGCGAGGUCAGCAGCACCAGACCAAGCCGAAUAGAAAGUCAGCAUGGCAUCGAGCGACCAAGGACAGCUCCUCAAACUGAAUUCAGCCAGUUCAUACCGCCACAAACCCAAACAGAAGCUCAGCUGGUUCCUCCUACAAGUCCUUACACACAGUAUCAGUACUCAUCACCUGCUCUCCCCACCCAAGCACCCACCCCGUAUACUCAACAAUCUCACUUUCAACAGCAGACAUUGUACCACCAGCAAGUCUCACCUUAUCAGACUCAGCCAACCUUCCAAGCGGUGGCAACGAUGUCCUUCACACCCCAGGCUCAACCCACUCCGAGCCCACAACCAUCUUAUCAGUUACCAUCACAGAUGAUGGUGAUACAGCAGAAGCCUCGGCAAACCACACUGUAUUUGGAACCCAAGAUCACUUCCAACUAUGAAGUGAUUCGCAACCAACCCCUGAUGAUCGCUCCUGUUUCUACUGAUAAUACAUACGCUGUGUCCCACCUUGGGAGUAAGUACAACAGUUUAGAUUUGAGAAUAGGUUUGGAGGAAAGGAGCAGCAUGGUAAGCAGUCCGAUAUCAAGCAUCUCUGCAGACUCUUUCUAUGCAGAUAUUGACCACCACACUUCAAGGAAUUAUGUCCUAAUAGAUGACAUUGGAGAGAUCACCAAAGGUACGGCAGCACUGAGCACAGCGUUUAGUCUUCAUGAAAAGGAUCUGUCUAAGACAGACCGUCUCCUUAGAACCACCGAGACACGUAGGUCUCAAGAAGUGACAGAUUUCCUAGCGCCUUUGCAGACUUCCUCCAGACUGCACAGCUAUGUGAAAGCGGAGGAGGACCCCAUGGAGGAUCCUUAUGAGUUAAAGCUUCUGAAACAGCAGAUUAAGCAAGAAUUCCGUAGAGGCACAGAGAGCCUAGAUCACCUGGCUGGUCUUCCGCACUAUUACCAUGCUGACACCAGCUAUAGACAUUUUCCCAAGUCUGAAAAGUACAGCAUCAGUAGACUCACCCUUGAAAAGCAAGCAGCCAAGCAAUUGCCGGCAGCCAUACUUUACCAAAAGCAAUCAAAGCAUAAGAAAUCAUUAAUCGAUCCUAAAAUGUCAAAGUUUUCACCUAUUCAAGAAAGUAGAGACCUUGAACCUGAUUAUCCAAGUUAUAUGAGUUCUAGUACUUCAUCUAUUGGUGGUAUUUCUUCUAGGGCAAGACUUCUCCAAGAUGAUAUCACAUUUGGCCUCAGAAAAAAUAUCACAGAUCAACAAAAAUUUAUGGGCUCAUCCCUUGGGUCAGGACUGGGCACCUUAGGAAAUACCAUCAGGUCAGCUCUACAGGAUGAAGCAGAUAAGUCAUACAGCAGUGGGAGCAGGUCCAGGCCUUCCUCUAGACCUUCCUCUGUCUAUGGGCUUGAUUUAUCAAUUAAGAGGGAUUCUUCCAGCUCAUCAUUAAGACUGAAAGCUCAAGAGGCUGAAGCUCUUGAUGUCUCAUUUGGCCAUUCUUCAUCUUCUUCGAGAACUAAGCCCACCAGCCUACCAAUCAGCCAGAGUAGAGGAAGAAUACCAAUUGUAGCCCAGAAUUCAGAAGAAGAAAGUCCACUCAGUCCUGUUGGACAACCAAUGGGAAUGGCGAGGGCUGCAGCUGGGCCUUUGCCCCCCAUAUCUGCAGACACGAGGGAUCAGUUUGGGUCAAGUCACUCAUUGCCCGAAGUUCAACAACACAUGAGAGAAGAGUCACGGACACGGGGCUAUGACCGUGACAUAGCAUUCAUCAUGGAUGACUUCCAACAUGCUAUGUCUGACAGUGAAGCCUAUCACUUGCGUCGGGAGGAAACGGAUUGGUUUGAUAAACCCAGGGAGUCUCGGUUGGAAAAUGGUCAUGUUCUGGACCGGAAACUGCCAGAAAGAUUGGUUCACUCCAGACCCCUCAGUCAACAUCAAGAGCAAAUUCUGCAGAUGAAUGGCAAGACAAUGCACUACAUCUUUCCUCAUACAAGGAUAAAAAUAACUAGAGACUCUAAGGAUCACACAGUUUCAGGUAAUGGGCUAGGAAUUAGAAUUGUUGGUGGCAAAGAAAUUCCUGGACAUAGUGGAGAAAUUGGAGCCUAUAUUGCUAAGAUUCUUCCUGGUGGAAGUGCAGAACAUACGGGAAAACUUGUAGAAGGGAUGCAAGUAUUGGAAUGGAAUGGGAUCCCCUUAACUUCUAAGACAUAUGAAGAAGUACAGAGCAUCAUUAAUCAGCAAAGUGGGGAAGCAGAAAUAUGUGUAAGACUGGACCUCAAUAUGUUGUCUGAUUCCGAAAAUCCCCAGCACCUGGAACUUCAUGAGCCACCUAAAGCUGUGGAUAAGGCAAAGUCCCCAGGGGUUGAUCCCAAGCAGUUGGCAGCAGAGCUGCAGAAGGUCUCACUCCAGCAGUCACCGUUGGUCAUGUCAUCAGUCGUGGAGAAAGGGUCUCAUGCUCACUCAGGUCCUACAUCAGCAGGAUCCAGUUCUGUUCCCAGCCCUGGGCAGCCAGGGUCACCAUCAGUGAGCAAAAAGAAGCAUGGCAGCAGCAAGCCUACUGAUGCAACAAAGGUUGCCUCUCAUCCAAUUACAGGAGAAAUUCAGCUUCAAAUCAACUAUGAUCUUGGAAAUCUUAUAAUACAUAUUCUUCAAGCAAGAAAUCUUGUCCCUAGAGACAACAAUGGCUACUCCGACCCUUUUGUUAAGGUGUACCUACUUCCAGGCCGAGGUGCUGAGUACAAGAGGAGGACCAAAUAUGUCCAGAAAAGUCUUAAUCCUGAAUGGAAUCAAACAGUAAUUUACAAAAGUAUUUCCAUGGAGCAGCUCAUGAAGAAGACAUUGGAGGUGACAGUUUGGGAUUAUGACAGAUUCUCUUCCAACGACUUCCUUGGAGAGGUAUUGAUUGAUCUAUCUAGCACAUCUCACCUGGACAACACUCCUCGGUGGUAUCCGCUGAAAGAACAGACUGAGAGCAUUGACCAUGGCAAGUCUCACUCCAGUCAAAGCAGCCAGCAGUCACCAAAACCCUCUGUGAUCAAAAGCAGAAGCCAUGGGAUCUUCCCUGAUCCAUCCAAGGACAUGCAAGUUCCCACCAUUGAAAAAUCCCACAGUAGUCCUGGUAGCUCAAAAUCAUCAUCAGAAGGCCAUCUCCGAUCUCAUGGACCAUCUCGCAGUCAAAGCAAAACCAGUGUCACUCAAACCCACCUGGAAGAUGCAGGGGCUGCCAUAGCGGCCGCCGAAGCCGCCGUGCAACAACUCCGCAUUCAACCAACAAAGCCCGCCAAUCACCGGCCUGCAGAGAGCUCCGUGUCCACCGGCUCCUCUGGCAGCAGCGUCGGCAGUGGGUACAGCGUGGACAGUGAAGGCAGCGGCGGCGCAGCAGGGGAGACUAAUCUACUUCCUAUCCCAAGGAUAGGAAAGAUGGGACAAAAUGGACAAGACCUUGUGAAACAGCCAGGAAUGGGAGCAACAGACACAGAAGCAAAAACUCAAGUAAUGGGUGAAAUCAAGCUAGCAUUGAAAAAGGAAAUGAAGACAGACGGUGAACAACUAAUAGUUGAAAUUCUCCAGUGCAGAAAUAUCACCUACAAAUUUAAGUCUCCGGAUCAUUUACCAGAUUUAUAUGUGAAAAUAUAUGUGAUAAACAUCUCUACUCAAAAGAAGGUUAUCAAGAAGAAAACAAGGGUAUGCAGACAUGACCGAGAGCCUUCCUUUAAUGAAACUUUUAGAUUUAGCCUAAGUCCUGCGGGCCAUUCUCUUCAGAUUUUACUUUUCUCCAAUGGAGGGAAGUUUAUGAAGAAGACUUUGAUUGGAGAAGCCUGUAUCUGGCUUGACAAAGUGGACCUGAGAAAAAGAAUAGUCAAUUGGCACAAACUUUUGGUCAGUCCUACUCAAACACAUUGAAGAUGUGUCUGCUCAGGUGAGGAAACAGAGCUCUAUGGCCUCAGAUAGAGACUGUAGGUGAAUACUACUGUGCUGAUCUAUGUCUUCAGGAGUAAACAUGGCAUAGGAAAUAAGAAGCAAACAGAUUGCAUUGUUGUGGAAUACGCAAUGACUCAAAAAGCUCACGUGUUGAAAGCACCAGACACUGGAUUACUCAAAGCUGUGAAGAGAAACUGGAAAGGAGAUUUUCUUUUUUUAAGGUAGAAGUCUUGGAGCAGACUGAGCUGGAACUGAUGAAAAAGGCACAAAGGUUUUUAUGGCGGCCCAAGGUAGUGUGAAAGCAGCUGUUUAUACUCACAGAUACCUUGCAGGAAAGGACUGGUGUAGUGAAUCUUAGUCUUGAAAAGUUCAAGACUCCUUAUCUUAUAUUCUCAUAAAAUGUCCUGCUUCGGGAUUCCGACAUAAGAUUCAUCUAUGAAUUGUCUACUGGACUAGAAGGUGACUGUAUUUAUGGGGAAAAUUAAGCAAGAUUUAUGACAGUGGAUUUUAGAAUGAACUGUGCAUGUUUUCCCUGUGUCUACAUUAGAGAGCUAUACAGCAGUAGGUCUGAAUUCUGUGUGGCCAAAGCACAUCUGUUUUUGGUGUAAUUUAAAAUAGUGAAGAGUGAAGAUAAUAGUAGAUUCAAAUUAAAUUGUAUUUAUCUAGAAAUAAAACAAAAACUAGUGACUGGAUAUUAAAGAAGAAUGCUGACCUACGAAAUAGGUACCUUGGUUGAAAACAUUACAAUCUCCAUAAUAUUGUAUUAAGUCAUGGCAUUCUCAACUGUACACAUCAAGGCAUCUUGAUUAACUGGUGUGUCCUGCAAAGAGGUUUGCUUGUUCAUUGGGGAACUUCCAUUACGUAUAUCAUUCUACAUAUUUCCUUUCUCUUGAAUAAUGUAUUGUCAGAGACACAAAACUAUUGUUCUGGCAAACAAAUCAUGUUUAUCUUAUGACAUUGAUUAAACUGUUGUCACUUUCUGAUUUUUCUGUGGUUUUUCUCUAAACUCAGUGAUUAUAUAAUGAACACCCUGACAUCAACCUCAAGUCCUUUCUCCUAUUCUGCUUUCUUGUUGGUGAUAACAUCAUCAUUAGAAAGCUAGUGUUGGAAAAGGUUGAGAAAGGUCAAUGUUUGAAAUUAAAACAUAUUUGAUCUAUUUUAAUAAUGUAAAACCAAACAACCAAUGUGUGAAUCAUUAAAAUGAAGCAUUCUCUCCCUGUCAACGACCAAUGUCAAUAAAGAAAGUAACACGGAAUUGUGGGAAAUGCACUCAGCUGGCUCUGAAGUCCUGGCUUCUGGUCCUGACUUUGUUACUGAACUUACACAUAUCACCUCACAAAUGCAGGUUACAUUCACUUUCCCCCUAAGUAAUAGUGUUUUCCUAUCCUUCUCCCGGGAUGCCAGGAUGCUGAAAUAAAAAGAUCUGUGAACCAGGAAAGCACAUUUCUAAAUAUUGCUUUACAUACAAACUGAGAGAUAAUUAUUGUGUAGCCUUUUAACACUCGAAUUUUAUAUGUGAGAAACAAUUUCCAACCAAUGAUAAGCAUCAGCAUGGAUAAGAACAGUAAAUUGUUCCACAGCUCAUUUUUAUUUAAAUAUAAACUCCAGUUUAACCUGAAAAUGAUAGAUGAUUAAAUAAAAAUGAUUUGUCAUAAAAAAAUUUACUGACAUCCAUAACUCUUAUCCCAUUACCACAUCCUACCCAAAAUAAACCAAAUUGCUUUGCGGAGUAUUUGAAUCCAGAAAUUGUUAUUUUAUUUAAGAGAGUGCUUUAGUGGGAUUAUAGUAAAUCAUCUCAAAAAUAUUGGUUGGAUAUUGAAUUUUCUCAUUUUUAGAGAAAAGUAUUAAAUUUAAAGGCAAUGGAAAACCCUAGAAGUAAAAAGUUUCUGGUAUAUGCCAAAUUAUAUAUCUCAUUCUCAUUGAAAAACAUACAAGUUCAUUUUUCUUUGUCCUAAAAUACCAGCUCCCUCCUCCCUCCAUUUCCGUCUGUUCUCCCCUCACAAUGCAAUAGCAUCUACCGCUGGUAGCCUUUCAAAGUGAACCUGGGAGAUGAGAGUUUUCAAAGAUAGAAUAUUGCUAACAUUUUAUUUUUAGAGACUACUAGAUCUGUUGGUGGUUGCCAUGGAUAUUUCCAGCAGACAUUCGUACUUGAGGAAGCCUAUAAUCAGAGGAAAGGGGUCUAAGAGGAUUUUGUGACAUCAAAGGCUCUGCUAUUUGUUCUUCACAGGCAACGAUGGUUCAUCUCUUACCCUGUUCUACAGUCUCUGGUACUCCAAGGGCUUCAUGAAAAGUGAUAUAGCCAGGUAGCUAACUCCAUUCUAGUUACAACUUACACAAUCAGAGAGACCACCGGAGCAAGAUCAUCAAGAGUAGCUCUUAAGCCUGAAAUAAUGGAAGCCUUUCUAAUGCAGCUGCCCCUCCAUUCCAAGGAAGUAGCAAUAGGGCUAGAUCAAUCAGAUCAGUCAAGAGGGUCAGCGACAGAGCUUCUUAUCAUGCACCAGCAUUCCCCUUGAGAAAGAAAAAGAUCCUGCCAAUGUGCAAGUUUGCAGCUGACCAAGCUCCCAGGUUGUAACUGGAAUUGCUCUAUGCAACACCAAUUCUUAUCCGAAUGCAUUUCUGAGGGAAGCCAACUGCCCUUCUCACAACAAAACUAUUUCUUUUUUAAUUGCAAAUAGGGCUCUUAGUGUUUUUUACUUUUUUGUAAACAACACAACAUAUGAUUUUCCAUUUUUUUAUUUUAUGUUAUGUUAUUAGAAUUAGCUUUUCUAUCUUAACAGUAACAAAGUUUAUAGUCUGUAAUCACUAGGUUGUUAAUAUUCUUGCAGCAUUUACACCUUGAGAAGUGUUUCCUUUUCCCUACUAGUCCACUGAGCAGUCAGAAUGGAAGUUGGUUGUUGGUUUAAAAAUCAGUACCAAGGAAUCUUUCAACUGGAGAAGAAAAAGCACAGAUUGAAUUUUUUAUAAAAGAUGAGGAGUUAUAGAAUCAUUACUACAGAUUCAGAUAACACUAGUAGCAAGAAAUUGGUAUUUUCUCUAAUUUUACUUAAUUUUAAGAAAAACUUUCAUGACUCUGAGGUCAUUUGAUUAUCAUUUCUGUUUAAAAGAACAAUACUAAACAUGAAAAGAUAGCGAUUGCCCUUGAUCCUUAAUAUUGUUCACAUUUUAGUAAUUCACAACCAUUAAAUGUACAUUCUCUGCAUAUCUAUGAGGUUGAUUUGGGAAAUCACACACACUAGAGUAAUUGUAUCUUAGGAAUAUUAUAGCUGGUAACCAGCUGAUAUUGAUUCUCAUUAUAGAAUGGCUGUUAUAAUGUUGGUGGUAGCCAUAGUAACAAUAGUGGAGGCAGUGAUAUGAAGUAAAAUAAAUUAUUUGUUACUAUAUUGUGCCCAAUUUAUUAGAAAUGAUUUAAUCAGUGCUUCAUUUAAUUAAAAUACCAUAAAGAUGUUUAUAGUAUUUUUUUACUUUAUUAUUUAAAUCAUAACUAACAAUAUUUUUAAAAACUUAUUUUAAUUGCUAUAAUGUCAAAUAGUCCAAACUUAGCCAACUAUAGCUACAUGUGUUUAUAAAUGUAUGUAUGACAGAAGAGACUUUCCCUCCUUUUGAGUUUGAAAUGAAAGUGAAAGCUCAAUGAAUUACCAGAAGUUUCCCCUUAAUAGCUAUUUACCUUUAGUGUAACACAAGAGUGAGCAAAACUUAUAUUCUCAUUGAAUGUGACAUUGAUGUUUUCUGUAUGUCUUAUGUGGCUAUUAUUAAAGAUACACAUUAAAUAAAUAUCAUUUAAUCAAGUUCUUUAUCUGAUAGGCAGACUGAGAGCAUUUUCGGGAUCUGUUUCCCUGUAUAUAACUAGAUGUUUGGUAACAUAGUAGCUGUUGAACUAAUCUCAUCCUUUGGAAGUCAGCAUGUGACUGUGAUUAUCAUUUGACUGUGUCUGUAUCCGUGUUCAGUGAUGUGCUCAGGUGCUUCCAUACUGACUAAUGUGUGUGCUAAUAUCUUAACAACACAUCUGUUUAGAAAGGUGUUUCUUGUCUAAGAAAAGUUUAAAACCUAAUAAAAUUUAUUUCCAAUAAACCAUGAAGUACUUGGAGAUAUGUCUCGUUUCUGACCAUAUGUUGCAUGCUUUCUUGGUGAUUUGCUAAUCUUUUUAUUAUGUUUUGUUUACCUAACACUGAAAAAUUUAAUGAAUAAAUGCAAAUUCUUGGGCUAUUGAUUGUAUCAACUGACCUGAAAAUACAUGAGAAUUGUGUAGAACAAAAUGCUUGUAAAACUGUCUUGAGUUUUACUCUAUGUAAAAACAUGUCUGUGACUGUACACAAGUUGUAUCUUGAUAACUUAUGAAAACUGUGUUGUAUAAAGGCUGUUGUAUCAGCCUUAUUAAAAAUAUUGAAAAUAUCA